CGUUUCAAAACAGCUGCUCUCUCUGUCCAGGUGGAAUUCCCGAUGGUCCGUAUAUAAAUACGCCAAGCAGCUUCCGGAAGAAAGAUGAGGGAGAGCACCAAUAUCCAUAAUUAUCGGUUAUCGUUAUAGCAAGUUAGAUUUAGUUGAUUUCAAGAAGCGAGAAGAUGGAAGCCGAGCCGACUCGGAUCUUGGUAGGGGUGAACGAGUCGUCGUUGAAAGGGUACCCGCACCCUUCGAUCAGCAGCCGCACCGCCUUCGAAUGGACGCUGGCCAAGAUCAUCCGCUCCAACACCGCCGAUUUCAUGCUCCUCUUCCUCCACGUCCAGAUCCCAGACGAAGACGGAUUUGAUGACAUGGACAGUAUCUAUGCAUCACCUGAAGAUUUCCAAAGCAUGAAGCAGAGGGACAAGAUAAGAGGACUUCACUUGCUGGAGUACUUUGUAGGGCGUUGCCAUGAACUUGGGAUACGCUGUGAAGCAUGGAUUAACAAAGGUGAUCCCAAGGAAGUUAUCUGCAGCGAGGUGAAGAGAGUCCACCCAGAUAUUUUGGUUGUUGGAAGUCGUGGACUGGGACCAUUCCAGAGGGUUUUUGUGGGGACUGUGAGUGAAUUCUGCGUGAAGCAUGCAGAUUGUCCUGUUAUCACCAUUAGAAGGAAGGCUGAUGAGGCUCCACAGGAUCCAGUUGAUGAUUGAUUUCUCCAUGAUGCAGACUUGAAAUCAGAAUCUUUAUUUUCUGAAGAUACCACUAUUAGAAAACAUCAAAUGGGCACAUAUUGAAAAAUAGAACCAAGUGGAGAGAACUUUUGAUGGAUGAGAUGCGUUUAUAUAUAUGUAGUAUGGCACCAACAAACAACGCAUGCUUUAUUAACUUUUCUAUUGUCAUUUAUUCGUCUUAGCUCCAGUAAAUUCCCCAUGAUUUCCUUCU